CUGGAAAGGAAACAACUCACGAAAUAUUAAAAAAAGAUCAAGAAUUUAGUCGUGAAGAUGCCAUUGAAAUGCAAGUACCACAACGUCGCAUAUUUAGUAAUAUAAAUCUUGAGAAACAUACCAAAAUAGUAAGCGAAUAUCUCACAGGAAAAUCAAAAUAUAUUCUGGGCAAGAUACCAAAAGACAUUAUUAAGGCCAUAGAUCUUUAUAUUGGUGAAUGUGUUGAACCAAAGGUUAUUCAUGAUCCAAGUAAAACUUUAGCAAAUAUUAUUGCAAUUUCGGUUGCUGAUAUUAUUGCCGGUGAAGAAUGUUGCAAUUAUGAGGAUAUAUUGGAAACUUUUAAAAGCUUAUCAAAAUCAAUUUUUAAAAUUUUUUAUAUACCACCAUUACUAUCUUUUAUACAUCCCUGGUUACAUCAACAAUUUGUCACAAUACCUUUAAGGUUUGGUUGGAAUCCGCUUUCAACCCAUAAAAAAGUACUUAUCAGUCGCAUUAAACCAAUUAUCGAAAAACGUCUUUACGAUAAAAAGAGAUUAGGAGAUGCUUGGGUUGCUCCGGUAGAUGGAUUACAAUGUUUCUUAGAUGCCCCCGGAAUAAAUCCUGAUCUCAAUCCAAAUAAUGUAAAUUAUGAUUUUAUUGUUGAUGCAAUUAGCUGUUUUAUUUUUGUUGCUAUGGGAGCUACGGUCAAAGUUGUCACCCCUGUUUUAUAUGAUUUGGCAAAAAGGAAACAAUAUUGGCACGAAUUAUAUCAGGAAGCUCAGGAAAUUAAUAAGCAGUGUAAUGGGAACGAACUUACAUCUGAUGAUAUUGCUAAGAUGGUGAAGUUGGAUAGUUUUGUUAAAGAAUCUUUAAGAUUAUCAGCUAAUCUUACACUUGGAUUUGCACGCUUAUGUAUUUCUAAAUCUUAUUAUACGUUUGCAAAUGGAUAUCAAAUCCCAAAUG